AUGGCCGCCCAGCGCCUGGAGUGCCCCGUCUGCCUGGAGGUGCAGGACGGGCAGCAGCACCAGUGCCGGGAGGGCCACGUCUUCUGCGCCUCCUGCGACUCCAGCCUGCGAGCCCCGCGCCUCUGCCCCGAGUGCCGCAUGGCUCUCGGACCGCUGAGCCAGGCGAUUCGAUGCCGAAGCCACGAGGAGAGUAUCGCGGCGCUGCCGGCGGCGUGUUCGCACUGCGGGCUGGCGACGACCCGCGGCGAACUCGCCGCCCACGAGCAAGGCUGCCCGCAGCGGCCGCGCGCGUGCGCCGCGGCGGAGGCUGGCUGCGCGUGGUCGGGGCUGCUGGCAGACAAGGCGGCGCACGAGGCGACGUGCCCCUUCGCCGUGUGCCAGCGCAUGAUGGCGCCGCUGCGAGCCCAAGUGGCGGCACAGGGUGCGGAGAACGAGCGGCUGCAAGCCCAGUUGGCACCGCUGCAGGCUCAGUUGGCAGCGCAGGGAGUGGAGAACUCACAGCUGCGGUCGCGCGUGGUGGCGCUGGAGGCGGGCGAGGGCGGCGAGGAGGGAGGGCGGCGGGUGCGGCAGCGCGUUGGCGCUGCGCCGCAUGACGCGCCCCCGAGCAAUGCGGAGGUGCGGUCGAUGGACGUGGCGGCGGCGGCGGCGGCGCUGCGCGUGCACGUGUCGGAUAGCCGCGUUGCUGUUGCGGCAUGCAAGCGCUUGGCUAUUCUGUGCAAAGAGGUGCAUAACAGGCAACCUGCGGCGGAAGCGGGCGCGAUCGAGGCGAUCGUGGCGGCGAUGCAGGCUCACCCGCAGGAGGCGGGCGUGCAAGAGGAAGGCUGCCGGGCGCUGGGCAACGUGUGCGCCGGCGACGACGCCGCAGGGUUCGCACGCAGCCAGCGCGCAGCAGACGCGGGUGCUAUCGAGGCGGCUGUGGCGGCGAUGCAGGCUCACCCGCAGGUGGCGAUCGUGCAACAGCAUGGCUGCAUGGCGCUGGGCAACGUCUGCUUCGGCACCGACGCCGCAGGGUUCGCACGCAUACAGCGCGCAGCCGACGCGGGCGCGAUCGAGGCGGUGGUGGCGGCACUGCAGGCUCACCCGCAGGUGGAGGAUGUGCAGGACAUGGGGUGCUGGGCGCUGCGCAACGUGUGCUCAGGCACCGACGCCGCGGCGCGGGCGCGGAGGCGGCGUGCUGUGACUGCACGCGCGCCCGAGGCGGCGACAGCGGCGCUGCAGGCGCACCCAGAGAACGCAGCUGUCCAGGAGGAAGGACAGCUGCUGCGCGACUUACUUGUCUGA